AUGUAUUCAUCACUUUAGCAACAGCCAAAUAAUUAUGGAGGCUAUAGCGAUUACUAAAAUAGGCCGAUUUCAGAUAUAAAUUGGAGUAAAGACAACUAAUAAGCAGCAAAACCUAAUUAUGCAGCAAGUCGCAGUUCAAAAGAUGACUAGUCUUCCACAAGCACUAGAAAUUAGUCUAGAAAAACUGUUGAUGAUUAUACCUUCUUAGACCAAAAAGAUAAAAAGGCAUUUUUGGGUCAAGGUUCCUAUGGCACAGUGAGAUUGGCUAUUGAUAAAUCAGACGGACAAAAAUACGCAAUAAAAAUGAUGCAUAAAUCUACUAUUUUCCAAUAUUGUACGAUUGAUAACUUGAAGAGGGAAAUUAAAAUUCAAAAGAGGAUGAAUCACCCAAAUAUUUGUAAGCUUUAUCAUUAUUUUGAGGAUAAGCAAUAUGUUUAUCUUGUACUCGAAUACGCUGAGUAAGGCAGCUUAUUCCAUAACCUUCGUAAAGUAAAAAAAUUCUCUGAAGAACUUGCAUUCAGAUUCUUUUACCAAACUUGCUUGGGAAUAGAUCACCUUCAUAAAAAUAGUAUUAUCCAUCGUGACUUAAAGCCUGAGAACUUACUUAUUGAUGGAAAAGGAGACAUAAAGUUAUGUGACUUUGGAUGGAGUGCUGAAUAAAGAAAUAGUAUAGUAAGAAAAACAUUUUGCGGAACAGUUGAUUAUAUGCCACCCGAAAUGAUCGAAAAUCAACCUCAUGAUCACAGAGUCGACAUAUGGUGCUUAGGAAUUUUAUUAUAUGAACUUAUCCAUGGAUAUGCUCCUUUCUUGGGUCACGAUGAUUAAACAAAAUUAAAAAAUAUCCGCAACCGCUAGGAAAUAGUCUUUGAACCAUUUGUCCCAAAAGAUUUGGAAGAAUUAAUUCGUGGUAUUUUAUAACAUAAUCCUCUUCACAGAUUAUCAAUGGAUGAUAUAUUUAGACACAGAUGGAUGGUUAAGUUUUACAAAAGAACUGGUAUCAAUAUUGAUGAAGUAAUGAAGUAGUAAAACUAAAAUACUCUUGGCUCCAGAUCCAUACACACUAAACAUAUUGUUGCUGAUUAACCAUCAAUCAACUCAGUUAACGAUAGCAUUGCUUCUUCAAAUGAUAGAUCAUUCUAAAAAAUGUAGACUUUCCCUAAAAAUUAAUAUUAAUCUAAUAUGUACUAUUCUUAAAAUUCAAAUUAAAAUAUCUAUCCUCGUUACAUGGACAGUAACUCUAUGUACUAUGCUCCAUAAUAACCUAUAUAAAACCCAAACAAUACAGCUGAAAAAUAAAAUAAAGAAGAGUCUUUCUUAGACAGAUUCUUGAUUGCUUUUGGUUGUAUGACAAGAGAUAAAAAUAAAAACUGA